AUGCCCACAUUGCCCACUUUAAUUACGGUUUCUGAUUUUGUCCAAGAAACUCGGGAUGAUUACAACUCUCCUAUUACUUCGACAUUUGUUUCGAAGAUGCAGCAGUGCAGGACUACUAUUACAACAUUGGAAGAGACGCUGGAUUACGAUAGGGAUGGGCUGACCAAAAUGAAGAAAGCCAUAAAAGCCAUUCAUACAUCAGGAAAUUGUCACGUCGAUAACGAAUCCUACUUGGUGAAAGCUCUCGAGAAGAUCGGCCAGAACGCGAUAACGAAGGAGCAGGAGGAGAUCAUAGGCAACGCGUUCCUCAAGUUCGCCGUCGUCACUCAGGAGCUGUCCGCCCUCAUGAAGACCCUCAUGCAGAACCUGAACAACAUCGUCAUGUUCCCGCUGGACAGCCUGCUGAAGGGGGACCUUCGCGGGGUGAAAGGCGAUCUGAAGAGGCCGUUCGACAAGGCGUGGAAGGACUACGAGAGCAAGUACGCCAAGAUCGAGAAGGAGAAGAAGCAGCAGGCGAAGGACGCCGGGCUGAUCAGGUCUGAGGUGACCGCUCCGGAGAUUGCUGAUGAGAUGGAGAAGGAGAGGAAGUUGUUCCAGUUGCAGAUGUGCGAGUAUCUCAUAAAAUAUAACGAGAUUAAAACGAAGAAGGGUAUCGAUUUGCUUCAAAGUUUAGUAGAAUAUUACCACGCUCAAACGAAUUAUUUUCAAGAUGGAUUGAAGACAAUUGAACACUUCGGGAACUACGUAGCCGAUUUAAGCAUCAGGUUACAAAAAAUACGCCAAGCUCAGGACGAAGAAAAAAGAAAACUUUGUGAUUUACGGAACCUUAUAAAGUCGACUCCUAGUUUGGAGAAGGAAGUAGGUUCUCAAAUAGACCGAGGAGCAGCAGGAUAUUCACUCCACCAACUACAGGGUGACAAACAUCAUGGUGUGACACGUUCAGGUCACCUUCUGAAGAAAUCUGAAGGUAAAAUGAGGCGGGUUUGGCAGAAAAGGAAGUGUCGGGUGCAGGCAGAAGGGUACCUCGAUAUUUGCCAUGCCGACGAAAGUAAACCUCCCACUCGAGUGAAUUUGCUCACUUGCCAGAUCAAAAUUGUGCCAGAUGAUAAGAGAAGUUUCGAUUUGAUAUCGUAUAAUAGAACAUACCAUUUUCAAGCAGAAGACGAGACUGAUCAAAGGGCUUGGAUGUCAGUAUUAAUAAAUUGUAAAGAGAUGGCUCUGAUGAAGGCGUUUGAUGAUAGUACCAAAACUGGCGGUGAUAAAGUUAAUCAUAGUUUUAUAGAAUUACAGCAGGCUAUUAUAAAAUAUAUACAAAAAAUUCCUGGUAAUGAUAGAUGCUGUGAUUGUAAUUCCCAAAAUGAUGCAACGUGGCUAUCAACGAAUUUUGGAAUUAUUGUAUGCAUAGAGUGUUCAGGUAUACACAGGGAUUUAGGUGUUCACAUUAGUAGAAUACAGUCGCUAACUUUAGAUAACGUCGGAACUAGUCAGUUAGUCCUUGCUAGGUUUAUGACAAAUCAUGUUUUUAAUGAUACUAUGGAAGCACAGCUGUCUCCAAAUGAAAAGCUCCACCCCUCCAGUUCAAUGGAGGAACGACUGAAUUUUAUCAGAGCGAAAUAUGUAGAAAAAAGGUUUUCCGUGAAAACAUGUGAGAAUGAGGAAGAAAAACUAUAUGAAUUGGAAGAUGCAGUCAAUAGGGGUGAUUUACAGUUACUUCUUGAAACGUUUGCUGAAAAUGUGGAUUUUAGCUCCCCACUACCUACUUCAAAAAUAGGGGAGACUGCCCUUCACAGGGCCAUCAUCAAUGAGGCGGGCAGGACACUACACAUCGUGGACUUCCUGAUCCAGAACAUGUCUAACGCGGCCAUAGACAGGCAGACUAAUGUUCCUUCCAUUCCCGAAAUGAGCGGUUCGAAUACUGCUCUACAUUUGUGUGCCCUCUACGACAGAGUGGAGUGCAUGAAGCUGUUGCUGCGGAGCGGCGCCGAUGCCACCAUCCGGAAUUCUCACAACAAGACUGCCAUGGACAUUGCUCAAGAGAUGAGCAACAACACCUGUCAAGAACUGUUGCAAAAUGCUGCUAAUCGAUUGAAGAAUUACUUCGAUAAUAUCAAUAUCGAUUGGAAUUUAUCACAUGAUGAUGGCUCAACAGACUUCUCAGACGAUGAAACCAUCAUUGAGGAUAGGAAUGGCUCCUUGACUCCUGAAAAGAAGAAUCGCUCGAGGCCGCCAAGUUACACAGUCAUCGUCCACAAUAAUAAAAAGAGAGCGGCUCCUAUGCCGCCGCCCAGCAGUUCGAUGCAGUACGGAACGUUGCCCAGUAGCCACAGCAGGACACCGUCCGAUCCAAUGUCAUUUGGAUACCAUACUCUAAGUCAUACUCAUAAACGGUCACCCAGCAGUGAUUCUAGUUCGAGUAGAUCUGUGAUACCAAUUGGAAACAAACUAGUCAUGGCAGACUGCAAGAAUUCCGAUAAAUUUGCAUCUGUGAGGAGACCUUUGAACCCUCCUCCCCCUGCACCUUCUAAUAGACUGUCAAACGGAAGAUCAACAGAAAGUAUAUCGUCGAUGGCAUCUGAUAUAGAUGUAACAGGGAUAACACAUAACCCCAUUCCCCCACCAAGAAGAUCUUCCGACUCCCCGACCCACCUACCGUCCUCCAGCCCGAUAUCCACCGGCUCGCUGUGCUCGCCCCGCUCAAUGGCCGCGGGCCGUCUGUCGUACGCCGCGAACGGCAGCGGACUGCGCAGGUGCAAAGCGCUCUACGACUGCGCGGCUGACAACGACGACGAGCUGUCGUUCCAGGAGGGCGAGAUCAUCGUCGUCGUCAACGAGCACACGGACGACGACAACUGGAUGGAGGGGAUGGUGGAGAGCGAGCCGGAGCGGACCGGCAUGUUCCCCAUCAGCUUCGUGCAUAUGCUGCCGGACUAG